GUGGCACACACACAAACAGAGAACAGAACUUCAGUCUUACAGCGACAUACACACUCCUCACAAUCUCUGCCAUUCCUCCACGUGACUGACCAGUUAUGAAUGUGUUUACUACAAGCAUACUGUUCAGCAAAUUUAGCAUAAACAUCGCUGGUUGCUGACCCAUGAAGUGAGGUGAAGGCAGUCUGAUUGGACUGUACCAGUUCCCUAUCUCAAGCAUGGUACAGGAGGAAAGCCCAGUCAACAUGAGUUUGAUGGACAUCUCCAAGAUCUUCUCCCUGCUCCAGCCCAAGGAGGGCGACGAGGAGGAGAGGGAGCAGUGCCAAUCCCUCAACCAGGCGGUCAGCGCUGAUGACGUGGCCCAGCUGUCUGAGCUCCUCUCCCAGGACAGCUACCGCAGGUGCAUCAACUCCCGCAGUGGCUGGGGGGUCCCAGUCACCCCCCUGCGCACGGCUGCCGCGCACGGACACCUGCGCUCUCUGGAGCUCCUAUUGGAGCACGGGGCGGAGGUGGACAGCUUGGACGUAAAGGCCCAGACCCCUCUCUUCACAGCUGUCAGUGGUAAACACCUGGACUGUGUGGUAGCGCUGCUGAAAGCAGGCGCCGACCCUAACGGCAGCCAGUACAACAACUGCUCCCCGGUGCUGACCGCCGCCCGCGAGGGGGACGUGGACAUCCUCCGGGAGCUCCUCCUAUUCGGAGCCGAGGUGGACGUCCGGCCCAAAAUCCCCGAGUGGGCUACCAACGCUACGGCGUGCCGAGGACCCCUGUACAUCUCGGCCGUGUACGGCCACCUGGACUGCUUCAAGCUGCUGCUCCUCCAUGGAGCCAACCCCAACUACAACUGCACCGAGGAGAAGAUGCUGGCCAGGGUCAAGCAGCCCAAGACGGUGCUGGAGAUGUGCCUGCGCUACGGCUGCGGUCUGGAGUACACACAGCUGCUGAUUGACUUUGGGGCGGACAUGUACCUGCCCACACUGAUCGUAGACAAGACCACCAUGCAGAACGAAGCGCUGGUGCUGCUGCUGAAGGAGAGAGUCUGUCCUAAAACCCUGAUGUCCCAGACGAGAUUGGCCAUCCGAAGAUUCCUUCCCAUGGUCAACAAAGCAGCUGCUAUCGAAAGCAUGGACAUUCCUCAUAUCUUGAGGAACUACCUCAACCAUGUCACCUGACUUCUAGUCUCUGUCUAGUAAUGAUAUUCAGAGAUAUGUACCGCAAUUGUCACAAAAAGCUCAAAUAGCCUCCUACUCUCCUACUCUCCAACCCUUUUUCGUUGUAAAAAUUGCACAUAAGGCUGUAUUGGUUCCAACAUUUUGACUGGGUCAUUUCCUUUAUAAUGAUGCAAAGAUGAAAGAAAUGUAGCCUUACUGAGGAGGAUUGUGACAUGCUAAAUCAGGAGGAGAAUCCGAAGGAACAGAGGAUAGAAGACUUGAACUAAUGUGUGCCUCUUCUUGUAGUAAAACAUCUUAUUUUGUACAGAAUUCAGAUGUUCCAACUGACAUGUUUAAAUAUGUCUUUAUUGAA